UUUUCGAGCCGUGAUUGUGAGCAGGCGGAGACACGCGGAUCGAACAGGAGGAGUUUUUAAAGCGAGAAAAAGUUUAAAGACUUACAUCGAUAUUUACCCGCUGACGAAUGAGAGAAACACAGUUCAUGUGAAGAGACGGAGACGUUCAACACUUCUGAAAGUUGACAGAAGACUUUCACCGAGUUGUUUGUGUGAUAGUCACAGUGUGUCUGAGUGAGUGAUUGAGUGUGUGUGUGUGUGCUGAGAUGAAGAUAGAGUUUGCACCUCUGCAUGUUCCUCUGCGCAGGCGUCUGCAGACAGCUGCAGUUGUGCAGUGGGUCUUCAGCUUCUUGGCUCUGGCUCAGGUUUGCCUGGCUGCGUUUGUCCUCUUGUGCCUCAGUGAUUGGUGGAUUGUGGGAGUGCUGUAUGCUGGUUGGCUGUACCUGGACAGAGACACGCCCUUAUGUGGAGGUCGGAGGUCACAUUGGGUCAGAAGUUGGAGCGUGUGGACGUAUUUCAGAGAUUAUUUCCCCAUCACACUGAUCAAAACUGUGGAUUUGGAUCCGUGUCAUAAUUAUCUGUUUGGCUUUCAUCCUCACGGCGUGCUGGUGGCGGGGGGAUUUGGCAACUUCUGCACGGAAGCGUCCGGAUUCUCGCAGAUGUUCCCUGGCCUCACGCCGUAUCUGCUCAUGCUUCCCUUCUGGUUCAGAGUUCCGUUCUUCAGAGAUUACAUCAUGUGUGGAGGGUUGGUGUCAAGUGAGAAAGCCAGUGCCAGUUACCUGUUGAGUCGUCCGGGCGGGGGUCACACGGCGGUGGUGGCGGUGGGCGGCGCUCCGGAAUCUCUGGACGCGCGGCCCGGAGCCGUAACUCUUCAGCUGCAGCAGAGGAAAGGCUUCAUCAAACUGGCUCUCAAACACGGAGCGUGGUUGGUUCCUGUGUUCUCAUUUGGAGAGAACGAGCUCUUUGAUCAGAUGGAGAAUCCCGCUGGCUCCACGCUAAGACGCCUACAGGACCGCCUCCAGAGGACCAUGGGCGUGGCCUUACCUCUCUUUCACGCUAGAGGUGUUUUCCAGUACAGUUUUGGUCUUCUUCCAUACAGGAAACCCAUACAAACCGUGGUUGGACGUCCCAUCCCUGUAGUUCAGAAUUCCUGUCCCAGUAAAGAGGACAUUGACACUCUUCACACUCUUUAUAUGGAGGGUCUGAUGCAGCUGUUUGAGGAAAAUAAAAAACACUACGGCAUUCCAGAAGACAAACAACUCAAAUUCAUCUGAACAGUGUGUGUUUGUUUUAUUGAUUAUUUAUUGAAUAAUCUGUACAGGAUCUGAGGUUAUACUACUGAAGUGUGCAACACUAAACUCCGUUUAACAACGAGUAACUUUCACAGUCAGAUGUCAUUCCUAUGAAAUCUUUUUAUUUUCAGUCAGAUUUAUUUUGAAAUGUGGUCUUAACAGGUUUAAUAAUGUUUGUUUUAAUGCAUUUGGCUUUGCAGGGGUUCUGUACCUCUGAAUGAUGAUCAGCUGUAAUAGGAUUUCAUUGAUGUAUUUACCUUGGACUGGUAUCUAUAAUUAAAAACCUACUUUAGAAACACACCCAACUCAUCAUAUAGGCUAUAACGCUAUAUGAUAUAAAUCUGUGUCCAGAGAUGUAUUUAUCAGAAUAGAACAAUAAACUGAAAAUUUGUUA